UUCUCCUUCCCAGCCCCCCGAUACACCCUCCCCGUCUGCGACAGUCUGUUUACUCUCCCUCUCUUCGAUUCUCACUCUUGUCUGCACUACGCCGACGCACGCCACCGGCCGGUUGCACGCCGCCACCGUGCUCCACCGCACCGGCCGCUCUUUCCGACACCGUUCGUCAAACUCCUCCGCCGUCGAACGCCACUGCCGUAUUUCUCUGUUUUCUAUUCCGCCGGCGUCACGCCUCUAUCGCACUCCACGGCCCCUACACCACAAGCCCUGCUGCCGCUGUGAGCCACCAGGCUAGAAUGGUGAGGGAGAAGAUCAAGAUCAAGGAGAUUGACUCUUUCUCACACUGACGAGACUUGGCUGCUCCUAAAAUCCCAACCAGCCAGCCCCCUUAAGCUCCAUAACCUCACUCGGAUCCUUAAUCUGGGUCUACCUGCUUCACGAUGGCUGCGAAUUCAUUUGAUUCGCUUGUUUCCAUUGUUGGGUCAGUCUCCACCCCGUCCACCAAGACCCGGGUCCUGAUCUUCCGUGACGAAAUCCCCAGAAUUCUUGGCAAUUCAGAGAUGUGUGCAGAGCUUGCAUCACUUCUGGUUGAUAUAUUGUUUAGAACAUUGUCAAUCUAUGAUGAUCACGGAUCAAGGAAAGCUGUUGAUGAUGUGAUUGAAAAAGCUCUUUGUGACUUAUUGUUCAUGAAGAAUUUUGCAGCAGCACUUGUCCAGGUAAUGGACAGGCAGCAAAAGUUCCAAUCCCAUGUGGGUUGCUAUAGACUUCUCAGGUGGUCAUGCCUCCUCUUAAGCAAGAGUCAGUUUGCGACAGUUUCAAAGAAUGCAUUAUGUAGGGUAGCUGCAGCGCAAGCAUCUUUACUUCAUAUUGUUGUACAAAGAUCUUUCCGUGUGCGAAGGGCUUGCAAGCAAACAUUUUUGAAUCUAUUUUCUCAGUCUCCUGACAUUUUUAAAGCAUAUGUUGAAGAAUUUAAGGAUGGGCGGAUUCUGUGCAAAGAUAGUCCUGAAUUAAUAUGGUUAUUACUAGAGUUCUCAAGCAUGUCACCUUCUUUGUUUGAGGAGUGCAAGCCAAUAUUUCUUGAUAUAUAUGUUAAGGCAGUGCUAAAUGCUAGAGAAAAACCGACAAAGUUUCUCAGUGAGGCUUUUUGUUUACUUUUUAAACGUAUGCCCCAUGAAGAUUUUCAAAGUAUCGUGGUUCCAUCUUCUGUAAAAAUGCUGAAACGCAAUCCCGAGAUUGUGUUGGAGUCUGUUUCGAUUCUUUUGGAGUCAGUCAACCUUGAUUUGAGUAGGUAUGCCACCGAAAUUCUUUCUGUGGUUUUACCACAAGCUCGGCAUGCAGAUGAAGGGAGAAGGGUUGCGGCAUUAGCGAUAGUGAGGUGCUUGAGCCGAAAGUCUAGUAAUCCAGACAUUUUUAAAGCAAUGUUCAAUGCUGUCAAAGCUGUAAUUGGAGGAUCAGAAGGCAGACUUGCGUAUCCUUACCAGAGAAUUGGCAUGAUCAAUGUACUUCAGGAAUUGUCUAAUGCUCCUGAGGGGAAAUACUUGUACAGCCUAUCAAGUUCCAUUUGCGUCUUCCUUCUGUCCUAUUACAAGGAUGAUGGAAAUGAAGAGGUGAAGCUUGCAAUUUUGUUGGCUGUAGCUUCUUGGGCAGCACGAUCUGCCGUUCAGCCAGAUGUAGUUUCCUUUAUUGCUUCUGGGCUCAAGGAGAAGGAAGCUUUGAGGAGGGGAUAUCUUCGUUGUCUCCGAGUCAUAUGCAGAAAUGAUGUGAAUGUUUUACAAGUAUCAUCUUUAUUGGGUCCUCUGGUCCAACUUGUUAAAACUGGUUUUAGUAAGGCUGUACAGCGUUUGGAUGGUAUAUAUGCUUUGCUCUUAGUGGGGAAAAUUGCAGCUGUUGAUAUCAGAGCAGAGGAGACCGUCGCAAAGGAAAAGAUCUGGUCUUUGAUAUCUCAAAAUGAACCCUCACUUGUACCAGUUUCUUUGGCCUCAAAGUUCUCCACUGAGGAUUGCGUGGCAUGUAUUGAUCUUCUUGAAGUUUUGCUGGUGGGCCAUUUUGACAGAGUGGUGGCCGCCUUUUCAGUCCGAUCACUAUUACAGUUGAUAAUCUUUUUGAUAUGUCAUCCAAAUUGGGACAUACGGAGAAUCGCUUGCAAUGCUACGAGAAAGAUAAUUACUGCUGCACCACAAUUAUCUGAUGAUCUUUUACUUGAAUUUUCAAAUUUUCUCUCUCUAGUUGGGGAGAGACUUUGUAGUUCAAAGACAAGUGACACGGAGAAUUCGUUGGACCCUCAAGUUCCCUUCCUUCCAUCAGUGGAGGUCUUGGUGAAGGCUUUAGUUCUAAUAUCAUCAACAGCUCUAGCUGCUGCCCCAAGUUCAUCCAUGCGAAUUAUAUUCUGCUCACAUCAUCCAUGUGUGGUUGGCACUGCAAAGCGAGAUACAGUUUGGAGGAGACUUGUUAAAUGUUUUCAAGCGCUUGGUUUCGACAUCAUUGGCAUUCUCUCCGCUGAUGUGGGAAAUUUGUGUAAGGGACUACUGGGACCAAUGGGGUUGAUGAGUGCUAAUCCACUUGAAUACCAAGCGGCGAUAUCUUCGCUAUCCACAUUGAUGUCUAUAACACCUAGAGAUACCUAUAUAGAGUUUGAAAAGCAUCUGCAAAAUCUUCCAGAGCGUUAUUCACAUGAUAUGCUUUCGGAGAAUGACAUUUUGGUUUUUCGUACUCCUGAAGGCAUGCUUUCCAGUGAGCAAGGUGUUUAUGUUGCAGAGUCCAUUGCUGCCAAGAACACUAAACAAGCAAAGGGUCGUUUCCGGACAUAUGAAGACCAAAAUGACAUGGAUCACAUCAGAGAAGCUGCUGUGGGGAAAAAGGAUGUUGGAAAGUCAGCAAAGAAAGUUGAUAAGGUAAAGACAGGAAAAGAGGAGGCACGUGAGUUGCUGCUUAGGGAGGAAGCCUCUAUUCGUGAGAAGAUUCGAGAAAUACAGAAAACAUUAUCUUUGAUGCUGAGAGCUCUUGGGGAGAUGGCCAUUUCUAAUCCUAUAUUUGCUCACAGUCAAUUACCUUCCCUGGUCGGUUUUGUCAAUCCUUUACUACGGUCACCGGUGGUUAGUGAAGUGGCCUAUGAAACCAUGGUUAAACUCACUACAUGUUCUGCUCCACCUCUCUGUAAUUGGGCCCUCGACAUUGCUACUGCAUUACGCUUAAUUGUGACUGAAGAAGAUAAUGUUUUGUUGGAUCUGAUUCCAUCAGUUGGUGAUGAAGUAGCUAAUGAAAGGCCGUCAUUGGGGCUCUUUGAACGAAUAGUAAAUGGUUUAUCAGCAUCUUGUAAAUCCGGACCUCUUCCUGUAGAUUCCUUUACUUUGGUUUUCCCGAUAAUUGAGCGAAUUUUGUUAGUCUCCAAGAAGACAGGACUCCAUGAAGACGUGCUGCGGAUUCUUUAUUUACACAUGGAUCCCCUGUUACCCCUUCCAAGACUUCAAAUGAUAUCGGUUCUCUAUCAUGUUCUAGGUGUCAUUCCAGCUUAUCAGGCAUCUAUUGGUCCUGCCUUAAAUGAGUUGAGUCUUGGCCUUAAACCCGAUGAAGUGGCACCUGCCCUAUAUGGAGUUUAUGCAAAGGAUGUUCACGUAAGAAUGGCCUGCUUAAAUGCCGUUAAAUGCAUUCCUGCUGUUGCUAGUCGUUCUCUUCCUGAGAAUGUUGAUGUUGCGACCAGCAUUUGGAUUGCUUUACAUGAUCCAGAGAAGUUAAUUGCAGAAGCGGCAGAAGAUUUGUGGGAUCGCUAUGGGCAUGAUUUUGGGACAGACUAUUCAGGAAUUUUCAAGGCGCUUUCGCAUUGCAAUUAUAAUGUCCGCUUGGCUUCUGCAGAGGCAUUAUCUGCUGCUUUGGAUGAACACCCAGAUUGUAUACAGGAAUCGCUAUCAUCUUUAUUUUCUUUGUAUAUCCGUGAUGCUGGUUUUGGAGAUGAACAUAUUGAUGCUGGUUGGUUGUGUCGACAAGGAAUAGCAUUGGCAUUACAUUCUUCUGCUGACGUUCUUAGGACCAAAGACCUUCCUGUUGUUAUGACAUUUCUCAUAUCAAGAGCACUAGCUGAUCCUAAUGCAGAUGUUAGGGGAAGAAUGAUUAAUGCUGGUAUCUUGAUUAUUGACAAGCAUGGGAGAGAGAAUGUGUCGUUGUUGUUUCCAAUUUUUGAGAACUACUUAAACAAAACGGCAACAGAUGAAGAAACAUAUGAUUUAGUUCGUGAGGGUGUGGUUAUCUUCACUGGAGCUCUGGCAAAACAUUUGGCAAAGGAUGAUCCAAAAGUUCAUACUGUUGUUGAGAAGUUGUUGGAUGUGCUAAACACACCAUCAGAAGCUGUUCAACGGGCAGUCUCGACGUGCCUAUCUCCACUAAUGCAGUCAAAGCAUGAUGAUGCACCUGCUCUAAUAUCCAGGCUGUUGGAUAAAUUGAUGAAGAGUGACAAGUAUGGUGAACGCCGCGGAGCAGCUUUUGGACUGGCAGGUGUGGUUAAGGGGUUUGGAAUUUCUUGCUUGAAGAAGUAUGGUAUCGUGGCUAUACUAAGGGAAGGUCUUGCAGACAGGAAUUCUGCUAAAUGUCGUGAAGGAGCUCUAUUGGGAUUCGAGUGCCUCUGUGAAACGCUUGGAAGAUUAUAUGAACCGUAUGUGAUUCAAAUGUUGCCGUUACUUUUGGUCUCUUUCUCUGAUCAAGUUAUAGCAGUUCGUGAGGCUGCUGAGUGUGCCGCCCGUGCAAUGAUGUCUCAACUUAGUGCUCAGGGGGUGAAGCUUGUCCUUCCGUCUCUUUUAAAGGGUCUUGAGGAUAAAGCUUGGAGAACAAAGCAAAGCAGUGUACAACUACUUGGUGCUAUGGCUUACUGUGCUCCUCAGCAACUAUCUCAGUGCCUCCCUAAGAUUGUGCCCAAACUGACGGAGGUUUUGACAGAUACCCAUCCCAAAGUCCAGUCAGCAGGGCAAAUGGCCCUUCAACAGGUUGGGAGUGUAAUAAAGAAUCCGGAAAUAUCUUCCCUUGUUCCUACUCUUUUAAUGGGUCUUACUGACCCCAAUGACCAUACAAAAUACUCGCUAGAUAUCCUACUCCAAACGACCUUUGUUAAUUCAAUUGAUGCCCCUUCCCUUGCCCUUUUGGUACCUAUAGUGCAUAGAGGGCUAAGGGAGAGAAGUGCUGAUACUAAAAAGAAAGCUGCGCAAAUUGUUGGAAAUAUGUGCUCCUUGGUUACUGAUCCAAAGGAUAUGAUUCCUUACAUAGGGUUGCUUCUUCCUGAAGUGAAAAAGGUUUUGGUGGAUCCUAUUCCGGAAGUUAGGUCAGUUGCAGCGAGGGCCCUUGGAUCCCUUAUAAGAGGGAUGGGAGAAGAAAAUUUCCUAGAUCUUGUUCCAUGGUUGUUUGAUACACUUAAAUCUGAUAAUAGUAAUGUUGAGCGCUCCGGAGCUGCUCAAGGGUUGAGUGAGGUCUUAGCUGCACUGGGGACAACGUACUUCGAGCAUGUCCUCCCUGAUAUUAUUCGAAAUUGUUCUCAUCAGAGAGCAUCUGUACGUGAUGGAUAUUUAACACUUUUCAAGUAUUUGCCAAGGUCAUUGGGCAUCCAAUUCCAGAACUAUUUGCAACAGGUUCUGCCUGCUAUAUUAGAUGGUCUUGCCGAUGAGAAUGAAUCUGUACGUGAUGCAGCACUAGGUGCUGGGCAUGUCCUGGUUGAGCAUUAUGCGACCACGUCCUUACCUCUACUCCUGCCAGCUGUUGAAGAUGGUAUUUUCAAUGAUAAUUGGCGUAUUCGACAGAGCUCUGUGGAACUGUUGGGGGAUCUCUUGUUUAAAGUUGCUGGAACUUCUGGAAAAGCAUUGCGAGGGGGCAGUGAUGAUGAAGGUGCUAGCACUGAAGCACAAGGGCGUGCUAUCAUUGAGGUUCUAGGAAGGGAUAAGCGCAAUGAAGUUCUUGCUGCGUUAUAUAUGGUUAGGAGUGAUGUCAGCAUAUCUGUGCGUCAGGCUGCCUUACAUGUGUGGAAAACCAUAGUGGCAAAUACUCCAAAGACUCUCAAAGAAAUUCUUACAGUUUUAAUGAAUACUCUAAUCACUUCUCUUGCAUCAUCGUCCUCUGAAAGGCGUCAGGUUGCUGGACGAUCACUGGGUGAGCUUGUUAGGAAGCUUGGUGAGAGAGUACUUCCUUUGAUAAUCCCAAUUUUAUCCCGGGGGCUGAAGGACUCUAGUACUAGCAGAAGACAAGGUGUAUGCAUUGGUCUAAGUGAAGUGAUGGCAAGUGCCGGUAAGAGUCAGCUAUUAAGUUUCAUGGAUGAUCUGAUCCUUACUAUUCAGACUGCUCUUUGUGACAACAUGCCCGAGGUUCGUGAGUCAGCCGGCUUAGCGUUCAGCACUCUUUACAAGAGUGCUGGAAUGCAAGCAAUUGAUGAAAUAGUUCCAACUCUUCUGCAUGCCCUGGAAGAUGAACAAACUUCUGAUACUGCCCUUGAUGGACUUAAGCAAAUCUUGAGUGUUAGGACUACUGCUGUUUUGCCUCAUAUUUUGCCCAGGCUGGUUCAUCUUCCCCUUUCUGCCUUUAAUGCACAUGCUCUUGGAGCUUUGGCUGAGGUUGCUGGACCUGGUCUCAACUUUCACCUUGGUACUGUUCUUCCUGCUCUACUGUCUGCAAUGGGUGGUGAUGAGAAGGAUGUUCAAACUUUGGCAAAGGAGGCUGCAGAAACAGUAGUCUUGGUAAUCGAUGAGGAAGGUGUUGAGUCUCUGAUAUGCGAGCUCCUUAAAGGUGUUGCUGAUAGUCAGGCUUCAAUCAGAAGAAGUUCUUGUUAUCUGAUAGGAUAUUUCUUCAAAAACAGCGAAUUAUAUUUGGUUGAUGAAGCUCCUAACAUGAUAUCUACCCUGAUUAUAAUGCUUAGUGACUCAGAUUCAGCUACUGUUGUGGUUUCUUGGGAGGCUUUGUCAAAGGUUGUCAAUUCAGUUCCAAAGGAGGUGCUUCCUUCAUAUGUAAAACUAGUGCGUGAUGCUGUAUCUACAUCACGAGAUAAGGAGCGUAGGAAAAAGAAGGGAGGACAAAUUCUCAUACCUGGACUGUGUCUCCCGAAAGCCCUUCAGCCAUUACUUCCAAUCUUUCUCCAAGGUCUAAUAAGUGGGUCUGCUGAAUUAAGAGAGCAGGCGGCAUUGGGUCUUGGGGAACUGAUUGAAGUGACUAGUGAACAAGCACUGAAGGAGUUUGUCAUCUCAAUAACAGGGCCUCUUAUCCGGAUCAUAGGUGAUCGGUUCCCCUGGCAGGUGAAGAGUGCCAUUUUGUCUACUUUAAGCAUAAUGAUAAGAAAGGGUGGGAUAGCCUUGAAACCUUUUCUCCCUCAGCUUCAAACUACAUUUGUUAAGUGUUUACAAGACAGUACAAGGACUGUUCGUUCAAGUGCUGCCCUUGCACUUGGAAAGCUCAGUGCGCUCAGUACCAGGGUUGAUCCUUUAGUCGGGGAUCUCCUGUCUAGUUUGCAGCCUUCGGAUGGUGGUGUUCGAGGGGCCAUUCUGACUGCUUUAAAAGGUGUCCUGAAGCAUGCUGGAAAGAAUGUGAACGCUUCUGUUAGAAGUCGUGUAUUCAUUUUCCUGAAGGAUUGGAUUCAUCAUGAUGAUGAACAAGUUCGAGUAUCUGUUGCAAGCAUACUGGGUAUCAUAUCACAGUACAUGGAAGAUGCUGAGCUGACUGACCUGCUUCAGGAAAUUUCAAGUUUGGUUUCAUCACCAAGUUGGUCUGCAAGGCAUGGUUCGAUACUCACCACUUCAUCCUUGCUCAGACACAACCCCAACACUAUCCGUUUGUCUCCAUUGCUCCAGCUUAUAGUAGACAACCUUAAGGGAACUUUGAAAGAUGAGAAGUUCCUACUUCGAGAGGCUUCGACAAAGGCAUUAGGAAGGCUUCUACUUCAUCAAAUUGAAAGUGACUCAGCUAACACAAGUGCACAUCUAGAUAUUCUUUCAUCCCUAGUGUCUGCUUUGCAUGAUGACUCCAGUGAAGUAAGAAGAAGGGCAUUAUCUGCUCUAAAAGCAGUUGCAAAAACAAAUCCAUUGGCAAUUAUGGCCCAUCUUACCAUUGUUGGACCCUCUCUUGCUGAUUGUUUGAAAGAUGGAAGCACUCCAGUGAGACUUGCUGCAGAGAGAUGUGCACUGCACAUCUUCCAAUUAACAAAGGGUACUGAAAAUGUCCAAGCUGCGCAGAAAUUUAUCACAGGCUUGGAUGCUAGACGGCUAUCAAAGUAUCCUGAACAGAGUGAUGACAGUGAAGACAGUGAGGAUGAUGGGGCAAGUGGCUGACAAUCAACUCUUCUUUAGCUGUCUAUAUUUUAUUUCCAAGAGUGGAGGCAUAUAGACGUUGACUGAUUGGGAAGUCGGUUGCCAAAUUUUCAUACGGCACAUAAUUAAAAUACAGACUCAUAGAUGCACACAUAGUCGCUUGUUACCCAAUUUUUGCUGACCUGGGUGUUAUGAUGUCAACUACGUAAUAAUUAGAUUUUGAUGAG